UGAAUACAUUAAAACAAACUGAAGUGUGGUUAAAACAGAGUCUUGAUAAUGCUUCAGAAGAAAUAACACGGUUAAAUUAUAAAUUAGUUUGUUUAAAUAGUGAAUCAAUGCAACUAAAUCAAAUGUURUUAGAUAAUCAUCAAGAAAUUGAAGAGUUAUCAGUAGAAAACAAAGAUUUAAAAAAAAAAUUAAAUGAUAUUACUGAACAAUUUUCAAUAACUAGUAAUAACUUUGCAAAACUAUCACAAAAUUAUGAAUCAAAACGUCAAAUUAUUAAAGAUCAAAAUUCUUCAAUAAAGAAUCUUGAAAAACAAUUAGAAGAUCUACGUUUUGAAAGCGAUAAAAUAAAAGCAGAUUUACUGGAUCAAUUAAAAAGUGAAAAAACUGAAAAUAAAAUUCAAGUUUCUAAAUUAGAACAACAACUAACAGAAAAACUAAGUAUUAUCAAUGAAAAAUCUGAGGAAAUCAAUAACAAAAUGUCAUUUAUUAGAAAUCUAGAAAAUAUUGCUUUAGAAAAAGAUAAAGAUAUUAUUGAAUUGCGUAAACAACUACAAGAACAACACAGAGUUCGUGAAAUGAUAAGUCAAAUGUUAGCUGCUACAUCCAGCAAACCUUAAGUAUCAGAUAUCUAAGCUUGACUGAUAGAAGCCAAUUUGUGUUCCUAAGUAAAAUCUAAAAUCUUAAUUUUUGAGAAAAUGCUUAAUUUAAUUAGUUUA